AUGGCGAGGCUAAUCUUUGCUUACGCCGCUCUCUUUUUCUGGGUGACUCUGGCAGUUGCCCAGUAUGAUUACAACAACCUUCUGAAGGGCUGUUACCAGGGGCGCUCUGAUGACUUCGCUCUCGGUGGGUUUGCCAGGACUCAGCCGCAGCGGGAGUGGUGUGCCAUCGUAUGCUCCCAACGAGGUAAUACGUUUGUCGCAUUUGGCACCGUCCAUUGCUUUUGCGCCAAAAGCGAACCUCCUAGCACCAACGAAGUCGACAUCAGUCGCUGCAAAGCGCAUGGUCUAGACGGAUGGAACGCACCCAAGCUCGGAAAGGUCAACCACGUCGAAGAGUUCUUCGUUGUGUUCAAUAUAGACCCAAAAAGGAAGAGUGACGACUCAAAGAGCGCCCCUCAAGAUGAAUCGAAAUCAUCACCUCAAUCAGGACCGCCCGCUGCGCUAUCCCCUUCAGCUGGUCCCAGUAAACCCCUCGGAUGUUAUCCAGGCUUACCACUUGAUGUCCAUCUUACCAAGAUCACGAUCACCGAAGAUGAGCGUCGUGAGUGCGCCAAGUCAUGCGCCGAAGAGGGUAAAGCUGCUGUUAUCUUCAGUGGCCUCAAAUGCGGCUGCACCGACAACCCCCCAGAGGCUUCUACUCGGGUGGAAGACAUCAGGUGCGCCCUACAAUCUACGAACAAACUUUAUCGCACCGAUCUUGUCUACAGUGUAUGGAGCACCGGAGUUGAGGCCCAAGAAAAAUCUACUCUCUUAUCUAAGGGACCGGUUGGGAAAUGCUUCUCCAGUCGUCCCCUGACUUCAAGACAAUUUAUCGUCAGAAAUAACGGACAUGUCCGUGAGGUUUGUCUUGAUCGGUGUAAUCACCAUGGGUAUCCCGUUGCACUGGUACAUGAUACAAAUUGUUGGUGCGCCAAAACAUAUCCUCGUCGUAUUUACUCUUCUGGCUUGGAGUCUUGCGAUAUCCCUUGCCAUGGAGAUGAUGGAGGCCGUUGUGGUGGAACUAAAGGCAGCAAGCUUUAUUACUCUAUCUACGACACGGAACAGAUCGACAAAGCUCCGGUAGACCUGAGAAGUAGGCCUUUUGAUCUUCCAGUCCGACACGAGACAACAUGGCAUGGAUGCUGGAUGGAGCCGCCGAUUACUGAGCACCACUCGCUUAGUAUACAGAACAACACACCCGCGAGAUGUGCUAGCUACUGUCGGAGGUACAAGUCAAAGGUUGCUGCUGUGCGGCAGAACAGUUGUGUUUGCGCCGAAUCGUAUCCCGAACGCAGUCGAAAGCGCCCCGAAUCUUUGUGCAAAUCCACAUGCCCUGGUAAUCCGUACGAAGACUGCGGUGGACGUCGGGUCUGGACCGUCGUCAAUACUGGAUUAGACAUUCAUGUUCCAUACGAUAAACUCAAGCGCAAGGAACACCCUGGGGACUUUAACAUGAACCCGGGUUCGAAGAAGGCGUCGCUCUCGGGCUGCUACGCCGAGGAAUCUGUCACACAGGGAGCCAUCCAGGUACACAUUGGUGGCGGCCGAGUCGAACUCUGCGCCUCCAGGUGCAGGAAUUUGAAAAUGCCGGUUUCUGCGUUACAAGGAAACACGUGUGUAUGCCGUGAUACGAUCCCCCGGAAGGACAGCAAAGUCGAUAAAUUCCAUUGCAAUCACUCUUGCCGAGAUGCUGAUGAAGGGUCAUGUGGCGGCAAGGAUACUUACAGCGUCUACAAUUCGGGAUUGCAAGGCCAUAUCAGAAUUGAUACAAACACAAAACAAUCUCACGGCUGUUUCAGGUUCGACCGCUUCUUAUCUACCCGCCGUACUCCCGAACUUAUUCGCGUGGACAUCCAUGGCCCGAAUCGAAACGCGAACGGAGGCUCCUGCACUGCUCAGUGUGCCGAGAAGGGUUUCGCCGUGGCUUUACGACAUCAUACACAAUGUUUCUGUUCUCCUGGGCUCCCUCAAGAAAGGCGACGUGUCGACGAUGAGUUUUGUUCGAUUGGGUGUCGCGGAGAUACACUGGAAACGUGCGGUGGUCCAUCUUACGCAUAUACUGUUUACAAGACUGAUGCCUACAUGCCCGAUCUUCAUACGGAAAAGAAGCCAAAGGCAAAGAAGCCGAAGCAAGAAGACCUGAGUCCUUCUCCAGACAGUAGACCUCAGUGUCUGCAUCCCGCUUUGGAGAAGGUCUACGAGGUUUUCGACGUGGUUUCGGACAGGGUGGCUGGUGUCACCCAAAAGGUCCAGCACGGGUUCUUUUGGGUACGCGACAAGGCACAGCAUAUUUUUGAUGUCUGUCUCUGGCAUGUCAUGCUUUUCUUUUCCAACAUCAUGUAUCGUUUAGGAUUGCUAUCGGCCGAGGGUGUGGUUGAGCUUUAG